UCCGAUCGACUUUGAAUUUGAUUUUUUCAACACUGUUGUUUAUUGUGUCAUCUGAGAGUCCGGACAAUGCCCGUGCAGUCAAUACCGGUACGCGACCCUGCCUUCAACCAGCGACUGCUGCAACAGUACCUGCUUCUGCUGAAGAAAUACCCGAUCCUCACCAAGUCUGUGACCAGCGGGAUCCUUUCGGCUUUGGGAAACCUGCUGUCACAAGGCUUGCAGAGGAGAGGCAAGGGGUCCAAUUUGAGGGAAGGCCUGGAAUGGGGGGGACCGGCCCGCUUUGCAGUCUAUGGUCUGUGUGUCACCGGGCCUGUCAGCCACUAUUUCUACCAGUACCUGGAGCUGCUUGUCCACUCCUCGGCCUCACACUGCGUCCUGAAGAGGCUGCUGCUGGACCGGCUCAUCUUCUCCCCUGCCUUCCUCCUGGUCUUCUUCCUGGCCAUGAACUUCUUAGAGGGUAAGAGCUGGGCUGCAUUCCAGAAGAGGGUCAAGACUGAGUACUGGUCAGCCCUCAAGAUGAACUGGAAAGUGUGGACCCCGUUCCAGUUCAUCAACAUCAACUAUGUACCUGUGCAGUUCCGGGUCCUGUUUGCCAACCUCGUGGCCUUGUUUUGGUACGCCUACCUGGCCUCAGUGAGGAAGUGAUGUCACCAGCACCAGCACUGAUCGGACGGAAUAGAGGUUUUGUUGUCCAGAGCGUGGUUUUAACUGCCAGCUCUCUGGGGUUGAAGGCUGUCAAUACACAAGACAGCCAAGAGCCUGGGGUAUCAACAUGCUAUCAGAAACCUAGCAGCAGUAACUAACGACAACUACCUGCAAUGGUGAAGUGGGUCGCUCUCUCCUGAAUUACAGGGGUAUCAGACUGGCCCAAUUAACACUAUGGACAGGAACCUGGAGGGGAAUUGUAGUCGAACUGGAAAAAUCAUUAGAUAAACUAAAUAGUUUUUUUUUUUUUCUUACUAUACUGAAGAAUUAUGGGAAUUGUAGUUAAUUGACUGGCUAACAAACAUGACUGGUAUUUACAAAUGUAGGCCCCCUCUUUCUAUUUUUUAGGUAGGUGUUUUGUGUAAAAUGUUAAUAAAACUACCUAUAUAUUAUAAUUAUAAUAUAAUAUAUAAAUAAAAAUUCAA